GCUUGAUCAUGGAUUGGAACCGUACAGGUGAGCGUUCUUUGGAUUUUUAAACAUUUAUUUCACACCUUACCCCUCUACUCUCAAUGCAAAGUGGGCAAACGGAUCAACUUAUUAACCAUAAGAUUAACGGAAAGUCUGAUAUGAACGGCAAUCCUGUGUUCAACUCCUUUGAGAGACCCUUAGCAGGAAACCCCGAAUCCCCCAUGAUGAUGAAUACUGGCGUAGAUUCGGGCGUCCCGCCGCCCCAGACAGGCCAGCCGGAUCCAGACUCGCUAAAAAUGUUCGUCGGACAGAUCCCCAAGGCAUACGAAGAAGACAAACUAAGGGAAAUGUUCUCAGAGUUUGGUCCUGUAUAUGAACUCAACGUUCUCAGGGAUAAGAAAACGGGAGAAAGUAAAGGUUGCGCCUUCGUCACAUUCUAUUCAGGUGUAGUAGCAGAUAAAGCACAGAAAGAACUUCACAACAGAAAAGUAUUACCGGGGUAA